CGGCGCGGGGCUGAAGGGAGGGGUUGUCUUCAAAAGUCACUCCUUCCCCCUGCAGGGGCGCCCGGCGAGUCCCCGCGCGAGCGGAGAGUGUCGGAGGCAGAAGGAGCAGCAGCAGCAACAAAGUUCCCGGGGCUUCUCCGAGGCUGCUGUCCGGGUUGCCUGUUUGGCCGCCCCCUCCCUUGCCUGGCGAAGGCAAUGGCUUCCAAACUCCUGCGCGCGGUCAUCCUUGGGCCGCCUGGCUCGGGCAAAGGCACCGUGUGCCAGAGGAUCGCUCAGAGCUUUGGCCUCCAACAUCUCUCCAGCGGCCACUUCUUGCGGGAGAACAUCAAAGCGAACACCGAAGUUGGUGAUAUGGCAAAGCAGUCCAUAGAGAAGGGUCUUUUGGUUCCCGAUCAUGUGAUCACACGCCUCAUGAUGUCGGAGCUGGAGAGUAGACGCGGCCAGCACUGGCUACUAGACGGUUUUCCUAGGACCUUAGUUCAGGCUGAAGCCCUGGACAAAAUCUGCGAGCUGGAUCUAGUGAUAACUUUGAACAUUCCAUUUGAAACGCUCAAAGAUCGUCUCAGCCGACGUUGGAUCCACCCCGCUAGUGGAAGGGUAUAUAACCUGGACUUCAAUCCACCCCAUGUACACGGGGUUGAUGACAUCACAGGUGAACCGUUAGUCCAGCAGGAGGACGAUAAACCUGAAGCUGUGGCGGCCAGGCUAAGACAGUACAAGGAUGUGGCAAAGCCAGUCAUUGAAUUAUACAAGAGCCGAGGAGUACUUCACCAAUUUUCCGGGACGGAGACUAACAAAAUCUGGCCCUACGUUUACAUGCUUUUCUCGAACAAGAUCACGCCUAUUCAGUCCAAAGAAGCAUACUGAGCCUGCCCGGCGGAAGAACCAGGAAAAUGUCGUCCGUUCAGUUGUGUGUGUAGUAUCGGUGCCGUGUCCAAGGUAGAAGCUAGUGGGGAUAGCUCACAGCGUCUUUUCUAGUUUAAAUGGUGAACUGAAAUGAAAACGAAUGAGUAGAAAGCGUUCCUGAAGUGGCUGCUCUAUGCCUUUCUCGAGAAGGGUCACCGACACAUGCGUACGAAGCCUCUGCACGUCUCAAGCCCUUCCCAAGAAAAUAAGCCCAGGCCGGGCUUCUGGCGGCGUCUAACCCCAACCUCUAGCUGAUCUCUGGCCCUCAUGUUGUUGCCGUAGUAGCCUUUUUGUGCGUGACAGUGUUGGCCUCUGGUGCUCUCCGUCUCCUGAAGGCUGUUGAACCACAGCGCCAGGCCGCCUUGUCCCGAGAUUUCUGGUAUGUGCCCUUCCUGGUGACUGCGCGCUUGAAGCCAUUUGCUUUUUGUGGUUGCUUCCCUGGCCUUGAGUGACUGUCCACGAUUUAUUUUUCCUGUUAGGAGUGAUAUCUUUUCUGCAUCCAUGCUCCAUAGAAUCUGUUCUUUGCAGACAUCCCUGGAAUGAAAGGAUUUGGCUUCCACUCUUUUUAUUAGACUGUAUAUAUUUUUUUAACCUCUGUUUUCUCCCAAGGCUAUGAAGCAAUACAGACAGUUACUGCUUUGAUCCCUCUCAGACCUGUUUCUAAGAGCUGAGAGCGAAGGGAGGCUGUCAGAUCGCUUCCCGCACCAGGAACUGGGCUCUGCAGAGGGCCUCCUUAACGCUGCUGGGCUGACUCUCAUGGGUUGACACUGCCCUUUUUUCUUUCAUUGUGAAAAAAUAAAAUCCUCAGAGUCUUUGGGAGUC